AUGUCGAAAGUGUAUGUGGUAUUAGGAGUGGACACUGCAGUUGGUGCUGCAGUUGCUUUCCAUCUUGCCAAAAAGGCAACAGUAAAAGGUGUCCCACUUGGCAGCGCUAGAGGGAAAGGGGAGGUUGACCCUCCUCCAGGUGUGGAAGUAAUUCGCUGUGAUAAUCAAAGUGUCAAGACCGUGGAAUAUGUCUUGAAAGGAUGUGAUGGAUGUUUUAUAUUCACAAUGUCGGACUUCCGUAACGAUCGAAGCUUCAUGGUAAAUGAGUUGGCGUACGGAAGGACAAUAGCGGAAGCAUGUAGAAAGGCGCGAGUGCCUCACGCAAUUUACUGUACCGAGCCACACACGACCGACAUCCAGGGGAUUGGAGCACGCCACAUGGUUGCUAAGGCCGAGAUUGAACAAUGUAUAUGUGUUAACGAUGUGCCGCUCACUCUACUGACCCUUCCCCGCAGAUACGAGGAUAUCAUUGACUACAUGGCACCCAGGAAGGUCGGACAGGAUUUCGACUUCGAGCUACCUUUGGACACAGACAUUCCCCUGAAUAUGAUCAGUGCCGAGGACUUGGGACCGAUCGUGGAAAAAAUCUUCGAUAACAGAGCAAUGUUCACGGACAAACGAGUCAACCCUGGCCCUAUCAGUCUGUGUGGCAGCAAGGUGUCGCGCCAAACCUUUGCUCAGUGUCUUUCCUACAACUUACAGCCUCUGCAGUUUUUUGAUAAACCAAUGACCCAUACAAAAUACCGUGAUUGCUCUUUUAACGAACCAUGGAAGGAUGACUACGCAAACAUGUUCUUGUUCCUGAUGCGCACACGUUGGGACCAUAUGUACAGCGACAAAAAAACACGAGAAUUAAACCCGGACACGAAGUACUUCGAAGAAUGGAUACAAGCAAAUGCCCAGGCACUUUAUACCGCAUACACCGAGGUGAAACCUGAAGACCGACUACGCUGGUGGUUCAACAAGCUCUACAGCAGGUCAUAA